AUGAGUAUUAAAGUACGAAUACAAUUGAUAAAAUACAAAUCAAAAGAUUAUUUAAUGAAUUGUAAUUUAUUUUCAUCGAUUCCACCUACAAAUGAUCAGCAUAAACUUCGAAAUCAACGUAUCUCAACAAGAUUAUUCAUUAUUUUUUUGGCUUUAUCAUUAACUAUUCUUCUUCUCUAUACUUCAUUAAUCGAUAUUACACAAACUAUUAAUAUUAAAACACCAACAAUUCAGCAAUACUCUAAUCUAUAUUCAACUUAUUCGCAAACAUUAAAAUGCGAUUGUGCACAAAUAUCCAUCAGUUACGACAAAUUUCUUGAUAUUAAAUACACAUUUCAUCAUUUAUGUAACAGUGAUUUUGUUAGUCAAAAGUGGAUUAAUUAUCUAUUCAAUAGUCGUGGAAAUAUUUUUCUGUUACCUUAUGAUUUUCGAGAGACAGUUCCAUUUACAUUUCAAGCAUUGACUACAUUUUGUAAUUUAGCCGAUCAAACAAUCAGUAAUCGUUUGACACAGUUUUAUUCAAAUCAAUUUAUUAGUGCAUUUGUUGUACCUUUAGAAACCUUUCAACUUCAAGCUGACUCUUUCAUUACUCAAUUUAUAUUAAUAAUGACGAAUGACUUUUUAUUAUCACUUUCGACAAUAGAACAAAUGACUCAAAGUAAUGCAUUACUGUCUGGAAAAAUAACAAACUAUGGAAUUUAUGUAUAUAAUGGUUAUCUACGUUUAUAUCCAUAUAUAUAUUGGUAUGGUAGUUGUAGUUGUGUAAGUUCAGCCACAUGUGGUUAUAUUUCUCCAAUUUAUCGAGAUAAUAGCAAUACAGUAGUAUACUCGGUACCCGGUAUGAUCAGUGGAUGUUUCAUUGUUAGAUCAUUACUUCAAUCUGAUCUUCGGUGUUUUUAUAAUCAAACAUGUAUAGCUAAAGUAGAAUCAUAUUUUGAAGGAGCUUCACCAAUGAAUGUCACCUCUCUUGACCAAGCUUUAUUAACGACAUUCUCUAUAAACUCAACAGUCGAAGAUAUUCUUAAUAGUUUAAU